UGUCCCUUGACCUGCCACACCCCACUAAAGAAGGCCAGACCUUUCAUGAGUCCUGCUCUUUGAAGUCACACCACGAAGCUCUUACCUCAUGAUGUACAGAUGGCACAGGAGACCUGACUGAGGGAGAAGCCCAAGUAAAGUCUUUUAUGAGGUGAGGGACUCUUCUGAGGAAACACAUAACAAACAGAAGGGAAUGGCUUUAACAAUCACCAAAUGAGCAAAGCCAAAAGAAAAAAAAGGGGGGGCCUGCCUUACAUGCCCACACCCUCUUUGGAAUAGGUAUAAAUGCUCAUGUGGAGACCUACAACUUAGAAGCUUGGAGAGCUUGCACUGUGUCUCCAACCAGGCACCUCACACCCUUCAGCACCAUGCCAUACACCUGCUCUCUGCCCACCCUGAGCUGCCGCACCAGCUGCUCCUCCCGGCCCUGCGUGCCCCCCAGCUGCCAUGGCUGCACCCUGCCCGGAGCCUGCAACAUCCCCGCCAACGUGGGCAACUGUAACUGGUUCUGCGAGGGCUCCUUCAAUGGCAACGAGAAGGAGACCAUGCAGUUCCUGAACGACCGUCUGGCCAGCUACCUGGAGAAGGUGCGGCAGCUGGAGAGGGAGAAUGCAGAGCUGGAACAGCGCAUCCUGGAGCGGAGUCAGCAGCAGGAUCCCUUGGUGUGUCCCGCCUACCAGGCCUACUUCCGGACCAUUGAGGAGCUGCAGCAGAAGAUCUUGUGUCACAAAUCUGAGAACGCUAGGUUGGUGGUCCAGAUUGACAAUGCCAAGCUGGCCUCUGAUGACUUCAGGACCAAGUAUGAGACAGAGCUGUCCCUGAGGCAGCUGGUGGAGUCGGACAUCAAUGGCCUGCGCAGGAUCCUGGAUGAGCUGACUCUGUGCAAGUCUGACCUGGAGGCUCAGGUGGAGUCCCUGAAGGAGGAGCUGUUGUACCUCAAGCAGAACCAUGAGCAGGAAGUCAACACCCUGCGCUGCCAGCUUGGAGACCGUCUCAACGUGGAGGUGGACGCCGCUCCCACCGUGGACCUGAACCGUGUGCUCAAUGAGACCAGGUGUCAGUAUGAGGCCCUGGUGGAAACCAACCGCCGGGAAGUGGAGGAAUGGUUCACCACACAGACAGAGGAGCUGAACAAGCAGGUGGUGUCCAGUUCAGAGCAGCUGCAGUCCUACCAGGCAGAGAUCAUCGAGCUGAGACGCACAGUCAACGCCCUGGAGAUCGAGCUGCAGGCCCAGCACAACCUGAGAAACUCUCUGGAAAACACACUGACAGAGAGCGAGGCCCGCUACAGCUCCCAGCUGUCCCAGGUGCAGUGCCUGAUCACCAACGUGGAGUCCCAGCUGGGUGAGAUCCGGGCUGAUCUGGAGCGUCAGAACCAGGAGUACCAGGUGCUGCUGGACAUCCGGUCACGGCUGGAGUGUGAGAUCAACACAUACAGGGGCCUGCUGGAGAGCGAGGACUGCAAGCUGCCUUGCAAUCCCUGUGCCACAACCAAUGCAUGUGAUAAGCCCAUUGGGCCCUGUGUGUCCAACCCCUGUGUCACAAGAUCUCGCUGCGGGCCUUGCAACACUUUUGUGCGCUAGAGACACCACUGCCAGAAGGGGGACAA